CGCUGCCAGAGCGAGUUAUUCUAGGUCCAUCUACACCAAUUGAGUCUCCCAGCAUUACUCCGCAGACCCGAUCCGAUCCACUGAGCGCGAUGGCCGGCAAACACCCAAUCCAAGUGCCACCGGGCAGACCUCUAUACAAAUUCGCUGCCACCGCCCUAGGUGCCAGCAUGUGGUUCUUCUUGUUUUACCGAGCCAAAAAGGAUGGACCGGCCCUGUUGGGCUUGAAACACCCUUGGGACCAUUGAGAUGCCGUAUUGGACCGACAGAGGAUGUUUUUUCUCCCCUUCUACCGACGUUGCGAAAAAGCUAUAAAGUUUGCAUCUUGCCGAUGUGGAAACGGAGUUCGGAAAGAGGUUUCAUAUCGCUCCAGGCCUUGAAGCGCCAGUUCGCUCUGCUUAGUGCAAGAAUGUGCCAUUUGCAAAGUACCUGAUCUAAUGGGCGCAUCAUCCUGUAUCUUGUCUAGAUGACCAGUUUUGUGUAUAGAUAUGAAUUACGCUUUUAAACCUGAUUUAAACCCUUCGGCGUCAUAUCACACAAUUCCCAUUAAAUCGAGGCCCGCUAGGGGAUUCA